UCUAUAAAUUCAUGGCACCGAUCAGGUCGUAGCUCAGUAUAGUUUGAAGCUGCAAAACCAAAAAUGCUAAACAGGUCGAAGCUUUUACUGGUCGUUGUCGGGUUCUGUCUGAACGCAGCCGCUUCAGGAGAUGUGGACUGCAGCAAGCAGCCCAAGUAUGUCAAUCCGAAGACCUGCUGCCCCAUGCCGGAUCUAAUCACCGCAGAACUGAAGGAGAAGUGCAAGUCGUUCGAUGUGACACCCAGACCCCGGCCAACUGAUGCCAGCGGUUCGUCGGUCGAAAGCAAGCGUCGUCACCACCAUCAUCAUCCUCCAGCGUGCGUGAUGGAGUGCUUCUUCAAUGAGACGGGCAUCUAUGAGAACCGGCGUCUGGACGAGACCAAGCUCGAGAGCUACAUCAAUGUGGUGUACGCCGAUAGCACCGAUCUCAAAAAUGUUGCCACGCAGGCGUUCGUCACCUGUGCCGAAAAGUUGGCCGAUAGGCAGGCCAAGAUUAAGGCCAAAGUUUCAGGCCCCCACCCGUCUCCGCCACCGGGCACGAACAUCUGCUCCUUCGCUGCCAGUCAUCUGAUGGGCUGUGUGUUCAACAACCUGAUGAAAAACUGCCCCGACUCCAUUAAAAACAACGACCAAGAGUGCACCGAUAUGCGCGAAUUCUUUACCAACUGCAAGCCACAACCCGGUGGUCCACCAAUUUCAUCCGAGAAGCCCUAGGACUCUCAAGCAACCGAUUUGCAAAGCUCCAAGGAGUGUGCAUCAUCAGGCAGGACACGUAAUGUCCCCCCCCACAUAAAUUUAGGGCACGCGACCCAAUAAAUUUUAAAGCUCAA